CUUUGUUGGAUCUAUCUGGAACUGCGCAGCGAUGGCUUGUCUACGCUUUUUGACUGCUCUCUCUCUUGCUGUGGCUCUCGGCGGAACUGGAGCUUUGUACGCCGGCAACUCAGGCAACAGCACCUCGCCCUAUACCGAAAGCGUCUCCAGCCGCGGUUUCUACGAUGUCUACGACGAUCCCGAUAGCUUGUUGCCAGCUCGCCAACCGGACAGCACGGACUUCGGCAACAGUAGCAGCACCCUUAUGUCUCGAGAUGUCUGGAGCCCGAAGAUCAUUAGUCCUACCGCGAAAUCUGUGUGGGUGGCUGGCACCACUACGACAGUCACCUGGGAUACGAGGAAUCAGCCGGCGGAUAUCACGAACACCGAGGGCAAGAUAUUUCUCGGCCACGUCGAAGACGGUACUGACGAGCAUCUUGACGUUGAUCACCCGCUCGCCCAAGGCUUCGACUUACGCGAAGGCAAGGUGCAAGUCGAAGUGCCGAACGUUACGCCCGGCAACGAUUACAUCGUCGUCUUAAUGGGCGACUCCGGUAACAAGAGCCCCACGUUCACCAUCAACUAGCCUACGCCGCC